CCCGCCCAAGAAGGUUCACUUUCACGAUAAAAAGGAUCUCGUCACACACGGAGUAAUGUACUUCAACCAUGGCGACACGGCACUGAUGCAGAAUGAUUACGGUGCGCACUUCUAUCAGCACGCCAAGCCGGUAACCUCUGUGACGGGCAAGGAGGGUCCGACCCUGAUCACCCGGGAGCUGCUUUCCAAGACCGGAUCCUCAACCUCGUUAAGCCACGCCGGCCAGUUCUCUGCCAAGGACCUCAAGCGACUAUCCCUAAAUUCCAACCACUCUCGGAGUUUUGGUAAGAAUGAUCCGCCACCUCCGCCGGUCCAUCCGCCACGCAAUUACCGCCUGUUCCCCGUGGGCGAUUACCUCUACAGUUUCGAAUUCCCGAUCGAUGGUUCUCUUCCAGAGACAAUCAAGACCGACCUGGGAUUCGUUCAGUAUGACCUUGAGGCGAUAGUCGAAAGAGCCGGUGCGUUCCGGCCCAAUCUGCUGGGCAGCCUAGAGGUUCCGGUCAUCCGCACGCCGGCGGAGGGCUCGCUGGAGCAGGUCGAGCCGAUCGCAAUCUCGCGCAACUGGGAAGAUCAACUGCACUAUGACAUUGUGAUCUCAGGGAAAUCAUUUCCUCUGGGAUCGCAAGUCCCUAUUGCUUUCAAGCUCACUCCCCUGGCCAAGGUCGAGUGCCAUCGGAUAAAGGUCUAUGUGACGGAGAAUAUUCAACACUGGACUGCAGACAAAAGUGUGCAUCGUUUUCAACCGGCGAAGAAAGUUCUACUGUUUGAGAAACGAGCCGACUCUGCCAGUACCAGUACCUAUCCGGGCAGCUCAAUGCGAGUCACGGCAGGUGGUGGCAUUGACUGGGACCAGCGCGCAGCCGCUGCUCGGGGUCAGGAGGUGGUGGAUCGAAACCGAACCAAUCUUCUUGGCAAUCUGUCUAGCGACUCAGGAGUCGGUCCGACCGAGAUGGAAUUCAAUGUCCAGUUGCCGAGUUGUCAAGAAAUGCGCAACCGGGACGAGUCUCAACGGCUACACUUCGACACCACAUACGAGAACAUCCAAAUAAACCACUGGAUCAAGAUUGUCUUACGCCUCUCCAAGGUCGAUGAGAGAGAUCCCGGCAAGCGAAGACACUUCGAGAUCUCUAUCGAUUCUCCGUUCCACCUGCUAUCCUGCAAGGCCACGCAGGCUAACAUCUACCUCCCGGCGUACACCUCACCGGAGUCGGAGCCAACCCCACAGGCACAGGAGUACGAGUGCGGUUGUCCUGGCGCACCAUUGAUCAACCGGGCGGGUUCCAGCCGACAAUCGCUUUCCUCCUCCGACCGAGAUGAGCGACCCAACGGAGGCGCCGUCACGAGAAGCUUCACCAACAGCUCCGGUGGCUUAACCCGGCCACCACAGGCGCAUCUGGCUGAUGAACCGGUCGACCGCCCACCGCGUCCGAUGCAUCUCCUUCGCGCGCCGUCAUUUGCACCUCCUGCCUUCGAAGAGCUCGAGCCACCGCCGCCUCUCGUCACUCCUCCCCCGGAGUACAACACCAUUGUCGGAGACAAUGAUCGAGAGGCCGUGUUGCAGGAUUACUUCUCGCGGUUGUCAUUCUAUGAGGAGCACGCCGAUGACGAUCGGGGUCUUGGACGUGUCGAUGUACCUCUGACUCCGGGAGGCCGUGUGAACCGCAGCAUGGACGUUCCACGCGAGUGGGUGCGCUUGGAAUAGAGUGUCACCUCCCAGCCCAUGGCAGGCUGGGUCUUGAUGUCCCGAUGACCUUGGAAUAGACCUCACGACGUUUAUGCUUUUUUUUUCGUCUAUUUUAUCGAGCUUACAGGAAAGGAUUGGAGUUGACGAGUCACUGAAAGAUACCCUCUGCACAUAUCGAGGCAUGUAAAGGUGACUUCCAUGGUGAAUAUGUGUCAAGCUUACCUUUUGAGUUUCUGGGAAGGGGCGCAGAUGCACUGGAUAUAUGGUCGGCGCCUGUACUACCGGAUUGCAUUACCUCGAGCGAUCAUUCCUUUUUUCUCAUUUCUCAAUCUCAUGACUAUAUAAACACUUUUAUCUGCAUGAUUACAUUUGUUUUUAGAUACCAUCCUCAGAACUUUGAUCUGAAAGAAUACAAGAUGCGAUGUCUCAAUGUCGUCGCACCGCACCG